GAGAGAGUUUCAACCUCAGCUCCGCCCCAACCACGCCUUCGGGGCUCGGUCCUCGGUCCCAGCUGCGGUCUUUCUAUGUAUGCUCCAGCUAGGCUCCGCGACCCCGCUACGGCUCCUGCUACGCCACCGGGGUUUGGUCCUUGUACCCAGCCCCGGUCUCAGAGGCAGUCCCGAUCCUGGCCUGGUCCCGUCCAGAGACAACGCCACGUUCCCGCGAGAGAAAAGUCUUAAUUUUUGUGCCAGCUACCCGUGGUCGCGGCCACCGCUCUGCUGACUGCCUGGAGCUCCCAAGGCGAACCCCCAGCUGGUGUCUCUUCGGCCGGAAACGGAAGUGCAUAUCGGUGGCAUCAUGACGACUUUAGCCGAACUCCCGGACUCUGUCCUGCUGGAGGUCUUCUCUUACCUCCCGGUACGGGACCGGAUCCGCAUCUCCAGGGUCUGUCACCGCUGGAAGAGGCUGGUGGACGACCGGUGGCUGUGGCGACACGUCGACCUAACGCUCUACACGAUGAGGCCGAAAGUCAUGUGGCACCUCCUUCGCCGGUACAUGGCGUCCCGGCUCUACUCCCUGCGGAUGGGUGGCUACCUCUUCUCUGGCUCCCAGGCCCCACAGUUGUCCCCCGCCCUGUUGAGGGCCCUGGGCCAGAAGUGUCCCAACCUGAAGCGCCUCUGCCUGCACGUGGCUGACCUCAGCAUGGUGCCCAUUACUAGCUUGCCGCCCACGCUGAGGACCCUGGAGCUGCACAGCUGCGAGAUCUCCAUGGCCUGGCUCCUCAAGCAGGAGGACCCCACUGUGCUGCCCCUGCUUGAGUGCAUUGUGCUGGACCGUGUCCCUGCCUUCCGUGAUGAGCACCUGCAAGGCCUGACACGCUUCCGAGCCUUACGCUCGCUGGUGCUGGGUGGCACAUACCGUGUGACCGAGACAGGGCUGGAUGCUGGGCUGCAGGAGCUGAGCUACCUACAGAGGCUUGAGGUGCUAGGCUGUACUCUCUCAGCCGACAGCACUCUUCUGGCCAUCAGCCGCCACCUCCGAGAUGUGCGCAAGAUCCGGCUGACCGUGGGGGGCCUCUCUGCCCCAGGCCUGGCUGUCCUAGAGGGAAUGCCAGCUCUGGAGAGUCUGUGUCUGCUGGGUCCCCUCAUUACCCCAGAAAUGCCCUCCCCCACUGAAAUCCUCUCAUCCUGCCUCACCAUGCCUAAGCUCAGAGUCCUUGAGUUGCAGGGGCUAGGGUGGGAGGGUCAGGAAGCUGAGAGGAUCCUGUGCAAGGGGCUGCCCCACUGCAUGGUCAUCGUCAGGGCCUGCCCCAAAGAGUCCAUGGACUGGUGGAUGUGACUACUCCAUCCUUCCCUGGGAUACAUCCCAACUUUACUGUUGAACCUCAGACCCUCUGAGCAGCAUCUUGAAGAGGGCAGGUAAUCAAGCUUAUGGGAACUGAAGGCCCCAUUUAGAGAGAACAGUACUGGGACCUCAGACCAUUCAAAUCAUUGUUUGCCAGCUGUGUGGCCUUGGUCAUACACAUAUCAGCUUUUCAAUGGCCCAGUUUCCAUAUAUGGAAGUAGGAAAGACCAUAGCUACCUCAUGGUGAUGUUGCAAAGCCUUACUCUUAACAGCUUCUGCCUCAAGAAGUCUCAGUGAAGGGUCAUUCCCAGGCUUGUCCCAGGGUUGUCCUUAGGAACAGGACAGAUGCAGAGGGUGAGGUUAAGAGAUAGGGGUAGCCAGGCCUGGGGCUUCAUCCCUGUAAUCCUGGCACUUUGAGAGGCCAAGGUAGGAGGAUUGCUUGAGCCCACGAGUUUGAGACUGGCUUAGGUAACAUAGUAAGAACCUCUCUCUACCAAAAAUAAAAAGGAGCUAGGCUGAAGGGCUGAGCCCCCUUAAGAGGCCUAGAACGACUAUCUAUGCACGUGUACCCACACACCUAUGCACCAUUUGUAUACUUACGGGCGGAUAGAGAGAGCAAGGGAGAUUUGCACUUUAAUGAUCUAAAUGUUCAUAAAAGUUCUCAAUUGUAUUUUCUGUAUUUUGUAUUCUGUUUUUUCCAAG